GUGUGUUUCAACUUUGUCAAACGUCUUAAAAGAAGCUUGCCAAUUUUAAUUCUUUCCAGGACGCCUGCUUUGAGCCCCUUAGUGUUUUCUUUUUACCGCCUGGUUGGAUACUAUUAAAAAUGGCUGAAGAAGCACAUCCAUACCUCUCUUACAACAAGUCAGACGAUGUCCCAACUCUUGUCGGAAACUGGGUGGAGGAACGAAAUCUUAAGGAACUGACGGGCUUUUCACGAAAUCUGGGCGCGACGGAAGUGCUGAAGGACACGCUUUCAAUUGACAAUACAUCGCCCUCACGGGCGCGAGCGCAAGGCAACACGCUUAUGGCAACACAUCCCCGAGUUAUAGAGCACGUCCAAGCGCAGACGCACACCGCCGACUGGCAAAGCACGCUUCAGGCCUCGUACCGACCGCCCACCGAGACGCGUGUUGCGGGAAUGUACCUGGACCUGCCCAAGAUGGGGCCGCGAGAGCGCAUGUUGGCGGAGCAGAUGAAGCGGGAGGCCCGGGAGAUCCCCCCCGAGGUUCAGGCCACCAUCUCGGGGGGCCCGGUGCCCGUAACGACGGAAACCGUCUACGGGGCAGAUUUCAAGCCGCACGACCUCACAGGCAUACAGGUGGGCACCAAGGUGACUAAGGACCCGGACGGCCGACCCGCACAGCGCGACCCCACCUUCCUGUCGGAAACCAACAUCAUGUCCAAGCAGCUGGCGGACAGACUCCUCGGGGAGACGGCCCGGAAGGCGGGCGCUCUCGACACGACUGUGUUGCCCAACCCUGGCGUGCCCGUCACCAUCUACACGGAAGCGGUGGCCAAACAGACGUACGGCGGCGUUUUCCCCGGCACCACCACCCUCAACAGCAGCUCACCCUUCGGCAAGAGCACCAACUUCACCAAGCCGAUAUCCGACUACAGCAAGGUGGUCAUAGACGAGUAG